AUGAACAAUGAUUCAACACAUUAUGGAUCUGUAAUUCGAGCUCAUUUCAAAAAACUGUGAGUUUUUAGAGGCUGAUGAAAACUUUUUUUAUUUUCUCAUCGCGCUCCACCGAAACAAACACGCAACACAGACCGCGUCGCGCCACAACACACAAAAAGGGAUUCAAAUUCCCUCCCUUUUUUGUGUGUGUUGUUGCGCGGCGCGGUCUGCGUUGCGUGUUUAUUUCGGUGAUUUUCGAUAAUAGGAUCUUUGAACUAAAAAAUUUUCAAAAAAAAAACUGUGUCUAGAUGUGUCAUGUGUCUGCUAGAUUAUCUAGAUUGUAUCUACUAUAGCUAUUCAGUUCAGCGACUAUUUUCGGCAGUUCAAAAUUCUUGAUGAGAAAAUACAGUUUGCAAAAAAUGUUUUUACUGUUAGUUAUCGCAACUAUUUCGGUGCUUUUUGUGUUCUUAAAAAACCUGUGAGUAUUUUAAAAUUAUAGAAAUCUGUCAAGUUCGCGGCCAUCCUUCUUCUAAAUUCAAUUUUCAGAUACAUCCCAAGUGAUUCUGCUCGCCCCCCAAUUGCAAAAAUAAAAUCCGAAGGCAAAAAAUGGAUAGUUGUUACAAGUAUAUCUCAUCCAACCGAUGAUGUCAAGCGUCUCGCCUCCUUCAAAGACUGGAAUCUCGUAGUUGUUGCUGACACCAAAACACCAAUCGAUUGGAAAUUGGAUGAUGUACAUUUUCUAUCAGUUGAUUAUCAGAAUUCAAUGGCAUUCGAUGUCAUCUCAUUUUUGCCUUAUAAAUCCUACACUCGCAAGAAUAUCGGUUAUCUUUAUGCGAUUUCAUAUGGCGCUGAAUGGAUUUAUGAUACUGAUGAUGAUAAUAAACCUUAUGGCUUAGGUCUUCAACAAUUUCAAUAUGACAAUGAGAUUAGUGGAUUGAGAUAUGUUGCACUAGAAAAUGAAAAUGUUACGUCCCACAAACUCUUCAACCCUUAUCGAUUUUUUGGAUUGGAUGAAAUGUGGCCACGUGGAUUCCCUUUGGAAUAUAUAAAAGAACAUACAAAUGGGAAGAAUCGACAGGUUCUAUGCUCAAAAAUGCCACGAUCAGCUGUUCAGCAGGGAUUGGUUCAUCACGAUCCGGAUGUUGAUGCGAUCUAUCGAUUAUUGAAUGCUGAGCCGGCUGGUUUGAAUGAGCGGUUUAAUAAAUUUGCACCAUCGAUUUUAUUGGAACCCGGAACUUAUGCGCCUUGGAAUUCGCAAAAUACAUUAUUCCACAAAUCAGCCUUUCAUGUUUUGAUGUUACCAACUACGGUGUCAUUUAGGACAACUGAUAUUUGGCGGUCGUUUUUUGCCCAAAAGAUUUUGCAUUUAUCUGGUCACACGAUUUCGUUCACUCCAGUAAAUGCCGUGCAGUUUAGGAAUUCGCACGAUUUUUUGAAAGAUUUUGAGAAUGAGAGGUGAGUUUUUGAAUGAUUAAACAGAAAAUAAUGAUAAUUUUUUUCUAGGCAAGUCUACGAAGAUUCGGGAAAAAUUAUCAGAUUUCUGGAUUCCUGGAGUUGUUCUAACUCAACGCUUAUUGAAUGCAUGCGGAAGUUGGCGGAUGAUUUUGUUGUCAAUGAUUUUUGGCAGCAAAAUGAUGCGGCGCUGAUUGAUUAUUACAUUGCUGAUCUGCAAAAAAUCGGAUAUGAGUUUCCAGAAGUCUUGAAUCCUUCCUCUGAAAAUCCUUACCUGGCUAGCAAAAAUGAGACAAGGCGAGAUAUAAAUUGUCGCAGAGCAAAUUUCGAAUUUGAUUUAACUUAUCCCGAUAAUUCUACCGAGCCAGCAAUUCAAAAAGCUGAGCAGAAAAUCGAAAACUUCGGAGUGAUUUCAAAAUGGUGUGGGGAAGCUGGCUUUAAGAAUUUCACGAAUCAUUUUCUAUCGCCUGAAGAAUUGGCACAACGACACUCCAAGGAUUACGUGUUGAAAAAUAAUAUGAAUAAUGUUUUGCUGGUAGUCAAUAAUUAUCCAUGGAAAUGGGCUAUUGGACACAUUCAACGACUCUAUCAACCCUAUUUUGCUAGUGUUGUAUUCUGCGGUUCUUAUUAUCCAGAAAAUUAUACGAAAACUGAUAAAGGUUAUGCGGGAAUUCAGGAACCUUUCAAUUUUAUUCACAUAAAUCCGGCUGAAAUUCUACGUGGAUAUUUUGGCUAUCAUUGUUUGACACUGUUGAAUGAUGUUGGAUUGCAGAAUGUUCACGGAUAUUAUUUUAUGGCUGAUGAUGCGCAUUUCAAUAUUUGGCAACGGAUUGAUUUCAAGCGGGUUCAUCAUUUGAUGGGGGUUGAAUUUAUGAAUUCGAAUCAGUGGUGGGUUAAUAAAUUGUAUGGUGAGUUAAUACGAGGGCUGAUUCACGAACGAAAAAAAUGUUUAAAAAUGUUUUUUUUAACAUUGAAAGAUCAAUUCACGAAAAGUCGGUCAAAAUUAGUUUUUCGAGUUUUUCAGCCAAAAAUGAUGACAAAUUAAUAUUUUUCAAGCUUCUGGAGUAAUUUCUGAUGAAAAUUGACUUUGGAAUUCACUUUCCAGAAGGUUUUGCUGAUUUUUCGUUCGAAAAAUUCAUAAAAUAAAGCAAAAUAGUGUUCUCGAAGCUUAUUUUCAUCUGAAAUUACUCCAGAAGCUUGAAAAAUAUCGAUUUGUCAUCAUUUUUGGCUGUAAAACUUGAAAAACUAAUUUUGACCUACAAUGUUUUUUCGACAUUUUUUGACUUUUCGUGAAUUGAUUUUUCAAUGUUAAAAUAACAUUUUUCAACAUUUUUUUGGUUCGUAAAUCAGCCCUACUGGAAAAUUUUAUAUAAUUUUUUUUCAAAAUUUCAGGGAUCAAUGCUGCCAAAACUAUCCUUGCUAAAAUGAGCAAUACAACAAAUCCACGAGAAAUAAAAACGUGGAAAACAUUUGAAGGAGGCCUGAGGAAGUAUGGAUAUAUAAAGCCUAAUGAAACCGUAGCUACGGAUUUGUUGAAUGGAAAAUCGAGAAGUAUUUCGGAUUUGUGAGUUCUCUUUUUUUUUCUCCAACGAAUCUCUGAAAAUAGAGUCUAUUCAGCUUCUACGUCCCAUCCUCGGAAAUUCAAUAUUAUUCCGAAUUGAUGCGAAUAUUUUACGAUGGUCAACUAUUUUUGGAACUCGCUGUAAAUCGAUAUUUACGAUCUGUUCGACAUCAAACAUCGAACUUCGGCACGAAAUCGUAUUUGUGGGGAGAUCGAGGAAGUUGGGCGACGAAAUACAGUGUUGAUAUGGUCGCAAUGCAUCCGAUCAAAUUGAGUGGGUUUAUGAAGCCAGAUAAGAAUCGACUGAAAUAUUGUGCAAGUUGUAUGAAACCUUGGCAUGAUAUUUUGUUUGGUGCAUCGACGAAUUUCACGGUGAAAGUGGAUAAUGCAAAAGAUCAUAUGAAUGGGUGA